CAUCCUCCUCCGUCGCCAUAGCCAUUUUUUCUGUUACUCGGCGCUUUUCUACGUGUCGCGGAAGCGCUUCUCCCCAGACAUGGCGCUGUCGUCGUCGUCGUGCACUCUAGUGCUCCACGUUCCAAAGGUUUCUUGCGGAGCUGAUUCUGUGACGGAGAUUUCGCCAAACUUUUAGGUCACUAAUCUAUUCGAUUGGUGGGAUCAUCGCCGAGACAAUGUGGUGGAAUUUAACUCUCUGAGUUGGUGAGGAGAGAAUUUUUUUUCUUGCGGCGGAGUUGCAUGCUCGUUACUAUUGGAGACUAGACGAGAGAGACGGAAGCAGAUUUGACGACGGAAUCUAGCAGCACGCUGUUUGUCUGUGUCUGUGUUGCGGAUGAGACACUAUUGCGUUUUUAGCAGACAGAUCGAUAGGUUUUGAUGCCAAUUACUUGCAUGUGACGUGUAUUUGCCAUUCCUUUAGUGAGGAUGAGGUUUGCUCCGAAUGCCGGGAUUCUGUGAGCUAGACUAUCUGUCUGGAAGCAUGAUAUGGAGCCUAGGCGUUCGACAGGUGUUUAGGUGCUUAUUUUGAUGAUAGUGGGAAUGGUGACUUAAUUGUAAUGAGUUAUUUCCGCAAAGUCUAUAUGAUUCUUAUUUUGGGCGGAAUACGAGGUAGAAGAAGUGUGAUUUUGGAGAGGGCUGCUGCAACCGGUCUACGUAAUCGAAUUUAGCGCUGUAACUAAGAAUCAAAGUUUGAGAUUAAGAACUUGAAAUGGAGGAUUGUGAAGGCGGCUGGGAGGAGCUCCGCAAGGAGGCACGGAAAAUCGAGGGUGACCUUGACGUCAAGCUGUCUUCAUAUGCAAAGCUUGGAGGUGAUAUUAGAGGGGAUGGGUCAUGGAAGUCUAUGGAAUUGGAGAUUGAGUCACUGUUGGAAAAGUUGUUGGAUGUCAAUGAUUCUAUGAGUCGAUGUGUGGCGGCUGCUACGUCCACCACCUCCGUGACGCAGAAGCUCGCUCGACAUCGGGAUAUCCUUCAUGAGUUCACUCAGGAAUUUCGACGGACUCGAAACAACAUAAGCUCCAUGCGAGAGCAUGCUGAGCUUCUGACCUCUGUUCGUAAUGACAUCAGUGAUCACAAGGCAUCUGGGAACACUUCACCAGUAGCAAGCUUGUUGAGGGAACGCGGAUCAAUCCAUGGCAAUAUUGCCCAGAUGGACGAGGUUAUCAACAUAGCCCAUGCAACGAAAGGGACACUCGGGGCUCAACGAACAACCUUCACGGAAAUACAGGGGAAAGUAAAGCAACUGGGGGAUCGAUUUCCUGCUAUUCGAGGAGUAUUAGGAGCAAUCAAGCGUAAAAAAUCGAAGGACACCUUGAUAUUAGCAGGGGUUAUCACUGGUUGCACACUCUUCCUCAUUAUUUACUGGUUAGCCAAGUAAAAUUUUCGAAGUGGAUGACUUUCCAGAUCGAAAGUGCAGCAAGUUUUGAAAUGGUCAUUGGAAUAUGUAAAGAUAUCUAAUUUAGUCAUAGUAAAAGUUCAAUCGUGAACGUUUAUUAAAUAGCGGCCGGGUCAUCGGGUGUGGUCUAUUUUUUUGCCACUAUUGAAGAGCAAGCUCAGGUCAAGGAAGAUACACAGUCUCCAUGUUUCCACAUCACAUUCUAAGGUAGCAUGUAGCAUCAUCGAUAGAACUGCUCUACAUUUUUUAGUUUUUGCUCUAGCAUUUUUUAGUUUUCAUCUUGAAUGUUAUGGUAUGUAAUGGAAAAGUGUAAAUUAUGCAUAUUGAUAGGAUUCUAAUGAAUUUAUUGAUUAUAAGUUUUCCAAA